UCAUGAUGCGUUCAAGUGUCAACGCCUCCGAUACAAAAACCUCGCAGGAGCAAGAAACGCCGUCUGUUUGUCGUACAGACAGGAUAUCGCAGAAGGUAACUAUCAGGCGGCCGCAGCUUAACCAUGUCAACAGCCGGUCAGGUGAUCACAUGCAAAGCAGCUGUUGCAUGGGAGCCGGGGAAACCUGUGUCCAUCGAGGAUGUAGAGGUGGCCCCACCCAAGGCGCAUGAAGUCCGGAUCAAGAUUAUUGCAUCAGGUGUGUGCCACACAGACUGGGAAUUCUUGUAUGAAGGUGGAAUAGGGGUGAAACCCAGACCCUUCCCUUUAGUUCUGGGUCAUGAAGGAGCUGGAGAGGUUGAAAGUGUCGGACCAGAAGUGACUGGUUUCUCUCCAGGAGAUAAAGUCAUUCCUCUUUUUCUGCCGCAGUGUGGGGAAUGUGACCGAUGUCGCAGUCCGAAAACAAAUCAGUGCAGGAAGAACUGGGAGAAUGCUCAAAAUGGUGUUUUAGCUGACGGUACCAGCAGAAUAUCCCACAGGGGGCAGCAGGUGUACCAGUUCCUUGGCGUGGGUUCUUUCAGCCAGUACACUGUCGUCUCUGAUACGUCACUCUCUAAAAUAAGACCUGAUGCACCGCUGGAGAAAGUGUGUCUUCUGGGCUGUGGUGUCUCCACCGGCUACGGUGCUGCCAUUAAUACAGCAAAGGUUGAAAGAGACUCCGUUUGUGCCGUUUUUGGGCUCGGAGCCGUUGGACUGGCUGCCGUCAUGGGUUGCAAAGCUAACGAAGCAAAAAGGAUCAUCGCAAUCGAUAUCAACCCAGUCAAGUUUGAGAAAGCCAGACUGUUGGGAGCAACCGACUGUGUCAACCCUUCACUCCAGCCGGAAAAGACCAUCCAGGAAAUCGUAGUGGAGAUGACGGAUGGAGGCGUGGAUUACGCUCUGGAAUGUGUUGGAAGUACAAGUAUCAUGACUUCUGCCCUGGAGUCUACGAUCGAUGCUUGGGGCGUCUGCGUCAUUGCCGGAUGGACAGAAACACAAGCAAUUAGCAUUGAGGUUGAACAGAUGCUGCUGGGACGUACACUGAAGGGAACAUAUUUUGGAGGAUGGAAGAGUGUGGAAUCUAUGCCUAUGCUUGUCGACAAAUACAUGAACCAUCAGCUGAACCUGGAUGACUUCAUCACACACAACCUCCCACUGGAUCAAAUCAAUACGGCCUUUGACCUUUUGAGAAAUGGGCAAAGCAUCCGAACUGUUAUCAGUCUGUGGUGAGAGAAGAGUAAACCUGAAGACGCUGAAGCAGUGGAAAAGGUGUUCUCGCCGUUAUUUUGUGUGUUUACACAUCGAAUCUUCUUUCUUAACCCGUAAAGACCCAGUACUACUUUU